AUGAAGUGAAGGAGAAAGAAGCAAGCAACAAGAAAACAACAAAAAGCAAGGUCUUUCUUGUAUUCUGUUGUGAUACCUAUCUAUUGUGAUUUCUGAUUUGUUGGAAAUUUAAUUUCCAAUACAAGCCUUGUUUUUUGUGCCGUGAUUCUCUUUUUUUGCUUUACUUCUUAAAAAACAAUUACCGAGUUAUUGCUACCAAUUAGUAGCAGAAGAAAAUAAAUUCAUACAGCCCAUACUCGGGUCAUUAAUUAGAAAAAAUAACAGCUUCCUUACGAAAUAUUUGUCUACUCUACAUUGAUUUGGUGAGAGACGUACAGUAUACUACAGAAUGUCAUCAACCCCUGGUCUAACAUCUGAAGCUCAGCUGCGGUACCUCCUCCAAUGGUUUGGGGAGUUCAGUGAACUGCAGAGGGAGGACUUCCUCCCCGUGUUGGCAGCAGCUCGGGGAGGCAAAGCGGACCAGCUUGCGGCUACUUUGGCAGCUCUUUCUUGUGCUGACAAACCUGUCAGUUUGUUUCAAUGUAGAAUAAAGCUAUUCAAUGAGUGGUAUCCAACUUGGACUGCCAAUGAGCAAGACAGACUGAUCAAAGGUGUAUCAGAUAUGGAUGCAGAGUUUGGCAUCAAGCUCCAAGACAUACUGACGAAUGGUCCUCACAUGAAUGGAGAACUAAAUGGGACAAAUGAGAAUCAUAAUAAUCUAGAGGAAGCCAAUGAGGAGUGGAGGAAUAAUGAAGAACCUGAACAGGAAAAUGAACAACUUCCCCAGGAGAAUGUUCCUGUUGAAAUUGCAGCCGCUUCUUAAGUAUUAAUAUUUAUACUAUAUCUACAAAAACCCUAUUUGAUCUAUGAAUUAGAAACUAGAGUUAGGUGUCCCAUUUAUUAUUCUCGACAAAGAAUAAGUAAAGUACCCACUUACGAUAGUCACUGCUCUAAAGAUUAUUAAAUAUAAAUUACAAAACAUUAACUUACAUAGCAAUACUUAAACAUGGCAAUUUACCUUGUCGAUACUUAAAUGCUCUUUUCGUGAGAUAAAAAUGUGAAGUGAGAGGGCCAAUUAUUUAAAUCAAUGCACUCAUUUAAGUAGAUGCAUAAUGAGUGUCAAAUAUUGUAAAUUAAUAUUUAACUAUAGUAAUUUCUUUUGAUAUGACCUUAACACAGCGGCUAUAGCAUCUGUUACACAUUUAUUUAAUAAAUUGAUUUGAAUCUAUUUUGUAGGUUUUAAAGACUUGGGCUAUUUUACCACCUACCAUGAGUGGAAUAUUCAUAAAAAUAAAUGCCUUUUCUAAAAUUAGUUUACUAAACUGAACAUUUUGGCCGUGGGAACAUAAUUUCAUUCAUAUCAACUUGAAUCUCUAAUGUGAACUUUAGAACCAUAAUAUAUUUGAAAAGAUGCUUUCCCGUAUUUUAUACAGUUAAGUUCAAUAUUUUACUUGUUGUAUUAUGAGUCUCAUGUUUUAAGUAAAUAUAUUUUUAGAUUUAGUUUUAAUGUACCUAUUGUUGUACUGAAGCAUUAUUUAUUAACAUUCCAUAUGUAAAGCAUUCCAAAAUUAUGAAUGAGCAUAAAAAACAAUCCAAGCAUUUGACCUUGUAAAAAUUUUGGUUGUGAGAAUUUAUAAACAUGAUCUCUGUUUAAAGCAGCUAUAAGAAUAAAAUAAAGUUUGUCCUGCUGGGGAACAGGUAGUUAGCUGUAAUUGCAGCCUGGAUUUCGCUAACCUUGUUUACUUCACUUCACAUCUCUUGGGGCAAACAUGGUUGGAAGAUUUCAUUGUUUUUCUUACGCCUUUUAGGCUCUAAGAUUUGUAUGAAUUUCUUUCAGUGAUGAAUCACAUGAUUGAAAUGGUUUAAUGGUUUAGUAGGAAGACAAACGGGUGUUAAAGGAUUAAGAUGACUUUUUAUACUGACAAUCUACUAUGACUAUGUCUAUCUAAGCCAAAUAAUUAUGUCGGGUCUGAAAAAAAGAGAUAUUUAAAGGAAAUAUUAUAUUGCCAAGUACAAAUCUUGAUUAUGUGCCAAUAAAGUAAUAAAGUUAUUGACACAGUAGUAUAAAAAGCCUUUUACUUAUUUCAGUAUUUUAUUAUAACUGUGUAUUAGUUAAGCAUAUAUAGAAUAUAUCUUGUAAAAUAUAUAUCAAAGGUGUUUAUAAUCAGAUUUGAGCCGAAGGCAUGUGUGUUGAGGAGAGGUGCUAGAAAAGCAGAGUUUGUAGCUGUAUGGAGGCCAUUUUAGAAAAUAGUAUUAUGAUAGCAUAAAUUAUUUACAUUUUAUCUUUAUUGGAAAUAAAGUUUGGAAUUGAUAUA